UCAAAGCAAGAUCUGUAGUGUUAUUUUCUAAACACAGAAGACUUUACUAUCUUCUGAUUAUUCAAGAAGAUAUAGAUAUUAUCGUAGUAAAAUACAAUAUGAUGGAGUAUGGUGAUUUCACAGCAAAGGAUCAUCCAAACAUUCUAUAUCUUGUUUAAUCCAUGUGCAGUAAUCAACCAAAUCAUAGUGUAAUAUAUUUUUAAAUUAUAAGUGUGUAACAGCUCUAGUACUUAGUUUGCUUCGAAAACAAACAGUGGUUUUAUUUAUCAAUCUGUUCACCACUUUCAAUCUUGGAAGCAGGAAAGGCGCAAGCCAUCAGUGGACAUCCGGCAUAAAGAACCACAAAAGUUGUUUUUAUCGUACAUAAUUAGAUACAAACACGAGUUGACCGUACAUAACAUUCAAUGUUUGCUAACAAUAAGGAUGUGGUCUCUUACUCACCCCUUUCUUUCACUAUAUAAGAUAUCUGCAAGGAUUCCUGCAGUAGUUAGUCUUGUGCCAUCUUAUACGCUAGACAGUUUCCCAACAUGUCGCGAAGUGUGACAGACAUACUGUAUCUCUAUGAUCGUCCAUCGGAACCAAUAUUUGUCUCACGUGGCAAUAAAUCAACCACAUUUGACGUUCCACCAAGUUAUUUAGUGGAAAGAUAUCAAUCUGUUCCAUCGGUUUUAUCGCGGGUUGGUGAUGAUGUCCCUAGAAUUCCUGUCAAGAAAAUAAGCGUACCAUCACUCGGCAUAGCAACCAAUCUGGGUCGCGCAGAGAAUUUUUCUCUUUUUAUGCCAAGCCACCGCAAAAUGGCUGGACGUCUAAUUGAGAUUCUACUGGGAAUGGCAACUUAUGAUGAUUUUCUAUCUGCAUCUGUUUUUUGUCACGAUCGAAUCAAUCCCCAAAUGUAUAUUUACUGUUUGUCCGUUGCUAUUCUGCAUCGACCAGAUACCAGAGAUCUGCCAAUACCUACCUUGUGCGAAGUCUUCCCAGACAAGUUUGUAACAAGCGGAGUUUUUGCACAAGUACGAGAAGAAGCAAACCUUGUUGCACCUGGCUCAAGGAUGCCAAUCGAAAUUCCUCGAAACUACAGUGCAUCUGAUUUGGAUGUGGAGCACAGACUUGCAUAUUUUCGCGAAGAUUUGGGUAUCAAUCUACACCACUGGCAUUGGCACUUAGUCUAUCCACCUUCCGGGCCAAUGCAAAUAGUUAACAAAGAUAGACGUGGCGAACUUUUGUAUUACAUGCAUUCACAGAUUAUGGCUAGAUAUAACUGUGAACGAUUUUGCAAUGAUCUUCCACGAGUGGAGCGUUGGAACAGGUGGCGCGAACCAAUUGCCGAAGCUUAUUUUCCCAAACUGGAUUCGCUUGUAGCCAGUCGUGCUUGGCCAGCUCGUCCAGCUAAUUCAGAGCUUAAGGACGUUAAUCGUACAAUUGAUCAACUUCAAUUUGACAUACAAGACCUGGAAAGAUGGAGAGAUCGUAUUGCACAGGCAAUUUCAACUCAAUCUGUAAUAAAUGAGAGAGGUCAAACUAUACCACUGACAGAAAAGGAUGGCAUAGAUGUAUUGGGAAACCUCAUGGAAGCUUGUAUUCUUUCUCCAAAUUUUAAUUAUUACGGUGAUUUGCACAACUAUAUGCACAUAGCACUAUCAUUCGUACAUGAUCCGGAUCACAGAUAUUUGGAAUCCUUUUCUCCUAUUGGGGAUCCAGCUGUCACUAUGAGAGAUCCUGUGUUUUAUCGUCUACAUGGUUGGGUAGAAUCUAUUUUUCAACUGUAUAAAGGGACGCUCCCUCCAUAUACAGUGGAACAAUUGAAUAACCCAGGAGUUGAUGUUACAGGUGUGGAAGUGGUGACAGAGAAUCAGCCAAAGAACGUAUUUCAUACUUUCUGGCAGCAGAGUGACGUUGAUAUGUCACGAGGCUUGGAUUUCAUACCCAGAGGUUCUGUUCUCGUAAGGUUCACACAUUUACAGUAUACUCCAUAUAUUUACAGAAUUCAGGUAAAUAACAAAAGUGGAGCAAAUAAAAUGGGAACCUGUAGAAUAUUUCUGACACCAAAACAAGAUGAGCUUGGUAGACCUAUGGCUUUCACAGAUCAAAAAAAUAUGAUGAUUGAACUGGACAAAUUCACCGUGAACUUAAGACCCGGAGCCAACACCAUUGAGCGUAACUCGACAUUAUCAUCUGUAACAAUUCCAUUUGAAAGAACUUUUAGAAAUUUGACUGUCAAUGUUCCAACUGAUAUUAAUGAGCUUGAUGCUUUUAACUUCUGUGGUUGUGGUUGGCCUCAGCACAUGCUUCUUCCAAAAGGAACUGAAAGUGGCUAUGCGACAGAACUUUUUGUUAUGAUCUCCAACUACGACAAUGACAAGAUCGAACAAGACAUAGGUGGACAAUGCAGUGACGCUGCUAGUUUCUGCGGAAUACGAAACAAGAAGUAUCCAGAUGCUCGAGCAAUGGGGUAUCCAUUUGAUCGUCUACCACGUAAUGGUGUUGAUACUUUAUCCCAAUUUUUGACACCAAAUAUGAGAACUACGAACGUGCUAAUACGUCAUACAAAUUCCAUCUUACGUCGACCAAAUCAAUCUACUGCAACUCCAUCUGCAACAAGGAUUUAGCUCUUUUAGAAGUGUGUAAAUCUAUCUCAGAAAUACAACUGUUGAUGUUAUAUGAAGAAACCAUAACAUGAAUAAUUGUUCAUCAACAUAUUUCAUUUCAUUUGUUAUGACUGAAUUUUAUGUAAGAAACUAUGUUUAAUCGAAUAUCACAUAAUCACAGUAUAUUUAAUACAAGAAAUCAUGCUACCUUAGCAGAAGUUUACAUGUAUGUACACGUAGUUAAAUAAGGUAAUUUAAUAUUUGUCUCUAUUGCUGACAUCCAUAUUUUAUCCACGCUUAUGAAUUCCAUUCUUUGCAAAGUUCUAUACUUAUAUAUCUCAAUCAAUUAUUAUUCAGAAACAAAAAAAGUUUCUUACACUACACUUUUUUAUA